AGCAAACACCUCGCUCUAAGAGUAUCUCUCAAGCACCUAAGAACAGCCUCUCCGCAACAAGCACGAAAGAAAAACUCUCUUCUCGCAUUUCAAAGGAAACACUCCCCGACGUCGAACAAUCUUCAGAAGCUUUUGCUUGCGAGAAAACCUUGACCUUGUCUACUCUAGUAGAAGUACGCUUCUUCCCCUUACCGUAAUAAAGAGUUCCGUGGUAGAAGUCGACUCUAUCAAAAUGCCUCUGUGCCCGUGCUGUUCCUGCUGUGGUGGUGCCCCGGCCGACGCCGCUACGGCCGACGAGGCCGCGCCGAUCGUGCGCAAGUCGGGCUCCAAGGCAGACCGAAAGUCCCGGAGCAGUAAGGCCGCAGAUGGGGAGGAAAAGACAGAGGAGCGAAAGUCGCGGAGUAGCAAGGCUGCAGACGCGGAGGCAAAGAAGCAGGAUGAGGAGGAGGAGGACGAUGAGGAGGAGGAGAAAGAAGAGGUGUAAGAAUGGAAAUCUUUUCAACAAAAUAAAGCACUAGCUGCGCGUUUUGUUUUAUCACGACGGAGCGGCGCGUUGGUAGCCUCUAAAAUUCCGAAUCUGGUUUACCGCAUGCGAAGUAACUUUAGAAAUUCAACAUUCCAAGAUUACGAUUUGACUUUUGCAACCUUGACUAUACGUAGCAGCGAACAUGGAGACUUUCCUUUCGUUGAUAUCACACCACUCAGAGGAGGCUGCGAGUGCUGUCUUCGACGCAGCGCUUGUUUCGGCCACCGUCGGUAGCCCCGGCAAAAUAAAAUUUGGAUAUAUAAUCUAAUAUACCAUUUCUUUGAGCUGCCCUCAAACGCAACUCUAAUAUACUCGCAACCGUACAACAACAACUGAACUCCUAGAGAACUUUUCUGCGUGCUUUUUUCCUGUUUGUGAUGUGCCCCUUUCUAGACAAACGAGAAAACAAAAGUGCGCUGCCGCUUGGCGAAAGGAGAUAAAAGGUGAGUCUUAAGCUUGCUUUGAAUAUACUACGGUAUCCCCGUCAAACUAAUUUGGUACUUGUCAUACUGUAUCGAAAAAUAAAAGCGAGGCG